ACCCGGAUCGAGGCCGGACCACAGCCCGGUUUCACUGUUGGAGCGACAGCAGCGGGUCGGAUCAGUUUCUGUCACCCGAGCAGCAGACAGGCGGAUCAGGGUUCUGACCGGGGCCGGGAUGUCCGGACGGGUCCGGAAGAGAACCUGAACAUGGCCGCCUGCGGACCGUAGAGCAGCCAGCAGAACCAGUCCGACCAGAGUUCCCAGCAGACGUUCCAGAAGAGUCCGUUGCCAUGGUGAACACGGGGAUGCAGCUGAUCAGCUUCACCUGCGCGGUGACGGGCUGGAUCAUGGCCAUCGCCGUGACGGCGCUGCCGCAGUGGAAGGUGUCGGCGUUCAUCGGGAACAACAUCCUGACGUCGGAGAUGAAGUGGGAGGGAAUCUGGAUGAACUGCGUGUACCAGACCACCGGACACAUGCAGUGCAAGACCUACGACUCCAUGCUGGCGCUGCCGCCCGACAUCCAGGCGGCGCGCGCCCUCAUGUGCCUCGCCAUCUUCAUGGGCUGGCUGUCCUGCACCGUGUCCUGCUGCGGCAUGAAGUGCACCACCUGCGCCGGCGACGACCGCCGCGCCAAGGCCGGCAUCGCGCUGGCCGGCGGCGUCCUCUUCAUCCUGACGGGGCUGUGCGUCCUCAUCCCCGUCUCCUGGACCGCCAACACCGUGGUGCAGGACUUCUACAACCCCAACGUUCCCGUCAUGCACAAGCGGGAGCUGGGCCAGGCCAUCUACCUGGGCUGGGCCGCCGCCGUCAUCCUGAUGAUCAGCGGCGCCGUCCUGAGCAGCACCUGCCCUCUGAUGGAGCGCGGCGGCCGCUACCGCCGAGGGUACAUCGGCAGGAGCUUCGCCAACUCGCCGGCGCCGGAGCCGCUGAAACCCAUCGCCUCCAACAGCCUGCCGAUGAAGGAGUACGUGUAGCAGGAGGAGGAGGAGGAGUUCUUCCUCACGCUGCUAAAACACAAACCCUCACCAAGUGAUUUCGUCUCGUUCUUUGAUUCUCUGGGAUUAAAACUGAACCAACUUCCAACUCCGUUUGUCACAAUAACAAAUUAUAUGAUAAAUUAUCCCGAUAAACAAUAAAUCUAUUAACCACUUGACAAAUUAAAACGACAAGCAAUUUAUAUUUGCUUGGUUUUUCUCUUUCUACUUGAAACUGGAUGAUAAAAUUCUUCAGUUUGGUGUUUUUUUAAUAAUUGAUUUUAUUUGUUUUGUUUAUUUAUUGUGAAUAUUUAAAUCGUCUUCCAGCUCCACUGUUGAAUGUUUGUUGGAGUUUAAAGUGUAUUUGUCUCUCAGAGUGUGUUCUGCAUUAUUUUUCUGUAAUUUUAUAACAAUAUUAUCGUUUAUCGCAAUAACUUCUGGGAUAAUUUAUCGUCCAGUAAGAUGUGUUAUUGUGACAGACCAUUUCUAAGUUAAAUAAUUGAUAAAUUAACUUUAAUAAACUUUAAUUUUAUUAAAAUAACACUAAAGAUUUGAACUAGGAGAUAUGUUCAAUAUUCAAAAUAAAAACAAAACAACCAAAAACAAUAAAUAAACAAAUGGAUUAAACAAAACUGCAUCAUUUCCAUCAGAAUGGAAAUGAUUAUAAUUUAUGAUGCGACCGAUUGAGAAUCUGGACAGAAAUUCUUGGUAAUAUUUGUGUUUUUGCAGUGAGUCGUGAUCGUUUCCUGGUUCCUGAUCGUUUCCUGGUUCCUGAUCGUUUCCUGGUUCCUGAUCCGUUUCUCUGGUUUGUGUUCAGUUCUUAUCCCUGAUGUGUCAGCGUGUGCUGUGGUCCAAUAAAACCAACUUAGACAUGAA